AUGGGUGGAAGGAAUGACGAAGGUGGGAGAGGUAAAGAGAAAGAGGAAGAAGAGCAAGACGGCAUGUCCGUACACUCUCCCUGUAAGACUUUACCUUCCUCCGCUUCCUCUCUCUCCAAGGAGCAGUCACAGGUUGAAUUGGAGCUCAGGUUAUUAGAAGGUCUUGAAAUCUAUCCUCCCGUUAAACUCAGAGGCAUGCAUCGCCACUUUGUUCUUUAUGGUCUGAUGGAAUAUCUCGGAAGGAGCUUUGACCGACAGUUCACAGCGGAUGAGGUUCUACAGCUACUGGAUCGUUUCUACAACAUCGAGAUGCUGAAAUCAGAUGAUGAGGACAUGGACAUUCUGAAUCAUGAGGAAGACUUUACCUUGCCGGAGAGUUACUUUGAUAAGGAAGAACAAUGA